GCCUGCUUGGAAGGUGGGGCAGCACGUAACGUGGCUGCACAAGCCUCGUGGGGCUUGGCCUGCGAAGCCGAGGGUGCUCGGCACACGCUGAAGCGUGCCGUUUGCCCUACUCCCAUUCUCUCUCUCGUCCUCUCUGAACUUCAAUAUGGCUUCUUUCCCUUUCGCACCGCUUUUCCGCAAUUCGUCUUAGCACUUGAACGAAACAUCGAUCGUUCAAUCGAUUAAUCUUUCAAUUUUUUUCAGAAAAAUCUCAACCUUUUUUCUCCCUUUUCCGUUCUUUAACAGUUUGCUCUGAGGUUUCAUUGAUUCAUAACUGAGAGCUGAGCAUGGUAUCAGAAUCUCCCAACUUUAUGAGCAGUGUUGCUGCAAAGCCUGUUAAUGGGUCUGUGCCCGGCAAAAAGAUUCGAGUCAAAGUUCCGAAGAAAAUACACAAGGCUGAACGAGAGAAGCUGAAACGUGACCAUUUGAAUGAGGUCUUCUCUGAGCUUAGCCACGCGCUCGAUCCAGCUCGUCAGAACAAUGGGAAGGCCACCAUCCUAUGUGAUGCUGCAAAAUUAUUACGGGACCUCAUCACACAAGUUGAAUCCCUCAAGAAGGAAAAUCUCGCUCUGCAAAAUGAAUCUCAUUAUGUCACAGUUGAGAAGAAUGAACUGGAAGACGAUAAUGCUGCGCUUCAAGGCGACAUCAACCGGCUUCAGAACAAGAUUCAAGAGAGCAUGCGGCAUGAACCGCCCUCGCCGCUAUCGGAACCCAACUGCUCGGCUUUGCCGCAGCAGCAGAGUUCGUCGGUUGCUCCGGUCUUCGUCGUUCCUUUGAGCCAAGAUCUUCAGCAGGCUCUGGCUGAUGUUACGGGGCCGUCGUCUUCGCCAAAGCCUUCUUCUCAGAUCAGCAGGCCUCAUGCAAGGUAUCCAACUCCAGAUUCUUGGUCGCUGGAAUUCUUAUCCAGAAGCCUUCAAGCUUCAGGUGCUGCUUCUAAUGGCUGGCUUGGAGUGGAUAAAUCUUAGUUUGAUUAGCAAUUGUGGAAUAACUAUUUUGGUGGGGAUUUAGUAAAAAUAUCUUUUGUCUGAAUGAGUUUAUUGUCUGGUUUAUGAAGAUUUAUAUUUUAUAUAUAUAUAUAUAUAUAUAAAUAAUAGAGCUGUGUUAAUAUGUAUGUAGAGAUUAGGCUCUAUUUAUUGUUGUGAUGUAUAAAGUGGAGUUUUCACUCAUAUAAGAAACAUGCUAUGUGAUUGAUGUUA